GGAGCGGGCGGGGGGCGGCGGCAGCGGCCCCGGUGCGGCCCCGGUGCGGCGGGAGCGGGAGCGGGGACGCCGCCGCCGCCGGCCGGGUCAUGCCCGUGCGCCCGGGGCGGCGGGGCUGCGGGCUGCGGCGGGAUGGGCGCGCUCCGGGCCGGUGCCCUCGCCUUCCUCCUCCUCCUCCUCCUCGGCUGCCUCCUGCCCCGGCGCGGCCCGCUCAGGCUGGUCUCAGGGAGGGAGGAGAUUAAAGCUGGCUCCCGAGGUUCAGCCCAGCCCAUGUCACCCUCUGAUUUCCUGGACAAGCUCAUGGGACGAACCUCAGGGUACGACGCCCGCAUUCGACCCAACUUCAAAGGUCCGCCUGUCAACGUGACGUGCAACAUCUUCAUCAACAGCUUUGGCUCCGUCACUGAAACCACCAUGGACUACCGGGUGAACGUGUUCCUGCGGCAGCAGUGGAACGAUCCCCGCCUGGCCUACCGGGAGUACCCCGACGACUCCCUCGACCUCGACCCCUCCAUGCUCGACUCCAUCUGGAAGCCAGACUUGUUCUUUGCCAACGAGAAAGGGGCCAAUUUCCACGAGGUCACCACUGACAACAAGCUCCUGCGCAUCUUCAAGAAUGGCAACGUGCUCUACAGCAUUAGGCUGACCCUGAUCCUGUCCUGCCCCAUGGACCUCAAGAAUUUCCCCAUGGACAUCCAGACAUGUACCAUGCAGCUGGAGAGUUUUGGCUACACUAUGAACGACCUCAUCUUCGAGUGGCUGGAGGAGCAGGAGGCCGUGCAGGUGGCAGAGGGCUUGACACUCCCACAGUUCAUCCUCAGGGAUGAGAAGGACCUGGGCUAUUGCACCAAGUACUACAACACAGGCAAGUUCACCUGCAUCGAGGUGAAGUUCCACCUGGAGAGGCAGAUGGGUUACUACCUGAUCCAGAUGUACAUCCCCAGCCUACUCAUCGUCAUCCUCUCCUGGGUCUCCUUCUGGAUCAACAUGGAUGCGGCACCGGCCCGGGUGGGCUUGGGCAUCACCACGGUGCUCACCAUGACCACGCAGAGCGCCGGCUCCCGCGCCUCCCUGCCCAAGGUGUCCUAUGUGAAGGCCAUUGACAUCUGGAUGGCCGUGUGCCUGCUCUUCGUCUUCGCCGCCUUGCUGGAGUACGCGGCCGUCAACUUCGUGUCGCGCCAGCACAAGGAGUUCAUGCGCCUGCGCCGCCGCCAGCGACGGCAGAGGAUGGGCCUGAGCAGCGGCACGGCCAGCCUGGAGUCCCUGCGGCAGCCGAGCAGCCGGCGCAGCAGCGAGCACACCUACGCGACGCUCUGCAGCUCCCGGGAGGAAGAGCUGAGCCGUGAGAGCCGCUUCUACCUGCGGGGCUACGGGCUGGGCCCCUGCCUGCAGCCCAAGGAGGGGGCUGGGGAGGGCCCCGGAGCGUUCAGCCCCCCGGCCGUGCUGCGGGAAGGGGAGAGCCUCCACAGGCGCUACCUGGACCGCGCCAAGCGCAUCGACACCGUCUCCAGAGCCGUCUUCCCCUUCACCUUCCUGCUCUUCAACAUCUUCUACUGGGUGGUUUACAAAGUGCUGCGCUCAGAGGACAUCCACAUGGUGCCCUGAGGCUGGAAAAGUAGGACUGACUGCCUCUCGGUGUCACCCCACAGUGUGCUCAGGUGCCACAGGCUCAGCCAGAACUGCAUUUCCCUCUGUCCCGGAGCGGUGGCACAGCUGGGCUGGGCCUCAGAGCCUGGAUGUGUGGCAGCCCCUGUGCCCCUGUGGAUUUUGUGGCACAAAGUGGGGGGAUCAACAAUCACAGGUCCCCACGGUCAGCUGGAGAGAGGAACCCCUCCUGCUUCCUGCAUGGUGUCACCCCAGGUACCCCGGGAUGCUGUGCUAUCAGGGCAGGGAAACACCCCAGGAAUGCUGUGCUGUCAGGGAUAGGGGAACAACCAUACCAGGAAUGCUGUGCUGUCAGGGAACAGGGGAACAACCAUACCCUAAGAAUGCUGUGCUGUCAGGGAACAGGGGAACAACCAUACCCUAGGAAUGCUGUGCUGCUGGGGGAACCCUGAGUAGCCAGGGGCACAGGAGAGCCCUGGGUACUUUGGCAGAGCCAGUGGCCAGAAAACAUCACCUUCCAGAAAAAAUAUUCUCUCCCUUUUCCACACCUACCCUGUUAGGCUGCUGCUUCUCCAGCCUGCAUCACUGAGCUGUGGGGCAGGGAUCAGGCUGCAAUUCUCUGCUCUGGCCUGGAGCUUGCUUGCAGGAAAGAGCAGGCAGCAGCCCUACCUGGACUGUGCAGGAUGCUGGCUGUGCCCCCCUAGCCCCUGCCCAGCAAUGCAGCCCCAGCCAGCUCCAGCACACAGCAAAGUAGCAGGCUGGGGAUGCUGCCCUCCCUGCAGAGCUCAGAACUGCCCGUGGUGCCCAGGACUGCAGGAUUGUGGCAGGGACAGUGGGCAGGAGGCUCUGUUUGCUCCAAGGACAGGCCAGCCCUGAGGCAGGCAGCAGGCAAGCUCAGUCCUGCUGAAGGGGCCCAGAUGGCCACUGCAGUUGCAGAUGGGAGUCACUUGGCACUGGGGAGAUGGCACUGCAUUAUCAGCAGGGUAGGGCCCACAGCCUGUCUUCCAAGGGAGAUUUUGGGAUGAAAGCAGUGGGGAAAGCUUGGCCAAUCCUUUUGGAGGAGCAGAGUGAGUGGUGGCAUCCCCAGACUGCUGCAUUCCCACAGCACCACAGUGCCAGAAGAGAGAUGGAGGUGAAAAUUGCCCCAUUCCUCAGCCUAGCAUCUGGGUGCAGCAUCCCCUGGCAGGUUCAUCCCUAAUGUUCCUCCAUUGGAGAGGAGAGCAACUGGAACCCCAACAGGACAAGCUCAGCAAGGCUCCCAGCCCUCCAAACCUGGAUACCCUCCAUGCUUUGCAGGAAAUAAAAGCAGCAGGUGAUGCUUAAGUCCUCCA